AAAUACAUAUGUUUUAAAUACAAAUUGAUUUUUGGAACAUGAUGACAUUUUUACAGCAAAAUACUGCUUUUUUGUGAAGAAUUACAUUUUUAUUCUUUUAGGAUUAUGGCUAUGACAAAAAAUCUUGAAUCUUUCUUUAAAAAAAGGAAAAAUUCUUGCAAUAUGCGUUUUUUAUCGACUUGGGAAAACAAAAUUCUGUUUGGGAACGGCCAUUCUCAGCGUUGCCGGACUGUGACGUCACAGCGGGGCCAACGUACGUCUUCCGUCCCCACGUGACUUUAUGCGGCGGACGUCUGAGCAUUCCGGUCGCCUCUGACACGCGACGCUCCGCAAUGUUGCGCGUGGACGGCUGACAUUUCUCCGCAUCUCCUGGGAUCCGCUCAGAGGACGUCGGGAGAUUUUUGCCGACGUUUGUGAACGCGAACGUCCGAGCGCCAAUUCCUGGCAUGUUUUGCAUUUCCGGCGCCUGCCGGCUUUGCCUUCCGUUUUGUCUGCGCUCCUCUGGAUCCUGGUCCCCCUUACACAGCGUGGAAGGUGAGCCGCGGUGUACGGAGGCGCUCCCUUUUCCAGAUUCAUUGUUCGGCCACCCUUACGCCUCCAGCACCUCCAGUGGGCCCCUGGGAGCCUCCCACACACAGGACAGCUCGCCCAUCUCUACGCCCAGCGCGGCGAGCUUGGCGUGGGCACAGCGGAGUCGCCAGCAGCCUGCCAGCCUGGCACUACGCAAGCAAGAGGAGGAGGAGAGCAAACGCUGCAAAGCCCUUUCUGACAGCUAUGAGCUCUCCACGGACCUCCAGGACAAGAAGGUGGAGAUGCUGGAGAGGAAGUACGGCGGCCAGUUUGUGUCUCGGCGGGCGGCCAAGACCAUUCAGACGGCAUUCCGGCAGUACCGCAUGAACAAGAACUUCCAGAGACUCCGCAGUUCGGCCUCGGAGAGCCGGAUGACGCGUCGCAUCAUUUUGUCCAAUAUGAGGAUGCAGUACUCCUUUGAUGAGCGUCAGCCGCAGGGUCAAGGCUAUUCAGGUCCGCAGGGGUCCGAAGACACAGCAGAAAUUGACGACUCUUUCUCCAAGCAGGUCAAGUCACUGGCAGAUUCAAUGGACGACUCGCUCACCUGUCAAUCGGGUCGAGGGGACUCCCAGGAGGCGGGAGGAGAAGGAGAGGAGGAAGAGGAGGGUGACGAGGAGGAAGAAGAAGAGGACGAGGAAGAGGAGGAAGACUACAGGGAGGGCUGCUGGAGUGGGACCGCCACCUCCUCCCGCCGUGUGGUGGGCCAGGUGGGUCGGGUCGGGCGGGGGGCCUCCGGCGCCGCCAUGCACGAGGACAGCACGGCCACCUCCUUCAGUGACGUCACCCUCUACAUGGACGAAGGCUGCCUCCCGGCCUCGCCCAUCUCCCGCCCGCCUUCCUCGCCCCUGUCUUGCCCUGCCUCCAGCUCCGACACAGAGUACUGGGGAGGCGCUAGCGGAAGGGAGGACAGCCGAAAAACAGAACGAGGCGGCAACGCCAGCCGCAGGAGCAGCACCCCUUGCACAGAAUGUCGGGGGGAGUACCGAGGGAGGGCCGCCACAGGAGGACACUUGCCUGUCUUGACCAUAGAACCGCCCAGUGACAGCUCGGUCGACAUGAGUGACAGGUCCGAGCGCGGCUCCAUCGGGCGUUUGGUCUACGAGCAGGAGCCGCCCGGGGUGGAGCGAGCAGCAGGAGAAGAAAGUGGAGGCGGAAAUGGUGAGAGCGCAGAGGAAGACCACGGAGGUGGCGGGGCAGCAAGUAGCGAGGCCGACUCACCGCAGGGAACCAUCAAACACAAACCAAACGGCCGCUCGGUGGUGAUGGCGCAGGGACAGACUCGUAGUUGCGCCCCCUUGCCCAUGCCCUCGGCCCGCGCCCUGCCAUCCCACGUGCUGCCGCACCCAGUCCAGCACACGCACCCUCACCCGUCGCCCGUCCCCCAUCUGCCCACCGUCUUGCACCACCACCCGCAGUACAACCACAUGGCGUACGUGCACCACGGCGGGGCCGCGUAUGUGCCGCACUUUGCCCAGCACCAUUACCACCACCUGCACCACCACCACCACCUCCCCUACCCCUGCCCGGAACCCACUUCUUCGCCGCUGCCCUUGCCCAUUCCACCACUCUCCCCGAUGCCACCGCCGCUCACACCCUCGCCGCUGUCGUCUUCCGCGGACGCUAAUCAGCACCUGCACCACCUGCCGCACCUGCACCAUCCGCUGCACCACCACCUGCUGUGCUCGGAUGGCGACAACGAGAGCGUCAACUCCACGACCACCAACUCCAACGACGACACCACCGUCAACAACGGCAGCUCGGGCUCGUCGUCACGCGACAGUCUGCGAGAGCCCACAGCGGCGGCGCACGGCAAGCAGACGUAUCAGCGCGAGAGCCGCCACAGCUGGGACUCGCCCGCCUUCAAUAACGACGUGGUCCAGCGGCGCCACUACCGAAUCGGACUCAACCUCUUCAACAAGAAGCCGGAGAAGGGAAUCCAGUACCUGAUCGAGAGAGGCUUUGUUUCGGACACACCGGUGGGCAUCGCAAGGUUCAUCCUGGAGAGGAAAGGUUUGAGCCGGCAGAUGAUUGGCGAGUUCCUGGGCAGCCGUCAGCAGUUCAACAAGGAUGUGCUAGACUGCGUCCUGGACGAGAUGGACUUCUCUGGGAUGGACCUGGAUGAUGCACUGAGAAAAUUCCAAGCUCAGAUCAAAGUUCAGGGUGAAGCUCAGCGGGUGGAGCGGCUGGUGGAGGCUUUCAGUCAACGCUACUGUGUGUGCAACCCGGUGCUGAUACGGCAGUUCCAAAAUCCAGACACCAUUUUUAUCCUGGCCUUCGCCAUCAUUCUCCUCAACACGGACAUGUACAGCCCCAACGUGAAGCCCGAGAGGAAGAUGAAACUGGAUGACUUCGUCAAGAACCUGCGAGGUGUGGACAACGGUCAGGACAUUCCGAGAGACCUUCUGGUCUCCAUUUAUGGAAGGAUCCAGAAGUGGGAGCUGAGGACCAAUGAUGACCACGUGUCUCAGGUGCAGGCGGUUGAGAGGAUGGUGGUCGGCAAGAAGCCCGUUCUGUCACUGCCUCACCGCCGGCUGGUGUGCUGCUGUCAGCUGUUCGAGGUUCCCGACCCGAACCGAGCUCAGAGGAGCGGCGUCCACCAAAGAGAGGUCUUCCUGUUCAACGACCUGCUGAUGGUGACCAAGAUCUUCCAAAAGAAGAAGGCCUCCGUGACGUAUAGUUUCCGACAAUCAUUCCCGUUGGUGGACAUGCAGGUGCACACCUUCCAGAACACUUAUUACCCUCACGGCAUCAGGUUGACAUCGGCCAACCCCGGGGGCGAGAGGAAGGUCUUGAUCGUGUUCACGGCGCCGAGCCAGCAGGACCGCACUCGCUUCACCUCGGACCUGAGGGAGAGCGUGGCCGAGGUGCAGGACAUGGAGAAGUACCGCGUGGAGUCCGAACUAGAGAAGCAGAAAGGUGUGAUGCGUCCCGCCGCGCUGAUGGCGGGCGGGCCGGGCAGCGGCGCCGGAGGGGCGGGGCCCUUGAAGAGCGAGGCUGUGAACGGCGCCCCGGGUCGGCCCGGCCUGGACGACACGUACGCGUCGGUGGACGGACUCAAACGCACGGCGCUCAGCUCCUCGCUCCGAGACCUGUCCGACAGCGGGAAGCGAGGUCGUCGGAACAGCGUGGGUUCACUGGACAGCACGAUGGAAGGGUCCAUCAUCAGCAGCCCGCGGCCGCACCAGCAGUACCACCCCGGAGGGCUUCUGGCCUACAGCCCCAUGAUGGCGCCCUCGUCUCCGGCAGCCUACCGGCCGCACCGCCCUACUCAGAGCCCCGGUACGGGGGUAGGCGGUGGGCCGGGGCUCUGUCACAACCAGGCCGGGCCGAGCGCAUCCCCGCUCGCGAGCGGGGGCGCAGCUGGGGCCGGCGGAGGGAUGGCGACGGGGGUCGGCCCGGGCGGCAGCGGCCGGUUCGGGAACUUUUUUGGCAGCCGCAGAGGGAAAGUUCCCGGUCCCCUGACGAUGACGUCGCCAACACCGCAGGGCCCCCCGAGUCCGCUGAUGAUAUCCUCCCCGCCCCACUACCCCGCACCCGAGCCUCCUAUCGCCCACCCGUCCUCCCCUUCCCCGUGCCCCUCCCCAUCCGUCAACCUCGGCCAGUCGGACCCGGGAGGCAUUGGAGGGGCUGGAGGCCCGGGUGGGGCGCCGUCCAAGCUCCAGGCGUUGCACGCCCAGUAUUGCCACGGCAACAGUGGGGGAAGCGGGCACCAGCUGCAACAGACUCCACCCCCACCUUACCACCACCAUCACCGAUACCACAUGCAAAGCGCCCCACAGCACCACCCCCUCAUGCACAGGGUGUCGGUCCCGCGGCGCCAGGUCGCGUCUGGCUGCGCGCCGUCUCACAUCCAGCAGCAUCAGCGGCUCCAGCAAGCCGCCGCCCAGCACCAGCGCUACAACGCCGCCUCGGGUUUCAUCACGCCCCCGCCGCUGUCCCCGCACUCGCCUCUCACCCCGACGACGCCACACGGACUCUUCCGGCCGGGCGGCGGAGGCAAGCUGCCGCUAACCAUCUCGCACUCGCAGCCCCACCCCCACAGUCACUCUCACAACCACGCCGCCCACUCCCCGCUGAGCCCCUCACCUGCCAGCUCGCCCUCCACCCACUUCAUCUUCUCCACGCCACCGCCCCAGACUCCUUCGGCGCGUCUGGUCUCCCAGACCCUGCCACAGCCCUACGGCUCCCAGUACCCACCGCUCUCCUCUAUCCCACCCCCUCCUCCGCACUCCCCGUUGCCGCCCCCAUCCGCCUCACCGCUCUCCCCGCACCCGGGGGCGGGCGGCGGGCCGGGAACCAAGUCGAAGCCGGUCAGUCGGAUCAGCACCGUCGUGUGAGGAGUCGGCGAGCCGAGGCCCCAGCCCGUCUGGUCGUCGGCCACCGGGGGGCGGCACCCCACCUCGUAGCCAGCUACCGGGGGGCGGCGCUAAGA